GCCAGACUUAAGCCAGAUCCCUGCAGCCACCGUCAGCCGAGUUCCCUCUCUGCCCACCGAUCCCGGAAGCUGAGGCCGAGUGCAUUGUUAGCAGGGCUCAGAACUGAGGCGCAUUAAAUCACCGUUUUCACGCGCAGUGCUCGUGCGGAGUUCCCUGCAUCCAACCAGCAACUACAGAGCCCUCCAUUGAGAAGGGAAGACUGAAUCCCAUUGAGAAAGAAGGUGGCAAUGGCAGCUUCCUGUGUUGUCCUGCACACUGGGCAGAAGAUGCCUCUGAUUGGACUGGGCACCUGGAAGAGCAAUCCUGGCGAAGUAAAAGCAGCUAUUAAGUAUGCCCUGAGUGUAGGCUACCGCCACAUUGACUGUGCUGCUGCCUAUGGCAAUGAGACUGAGAUUGGGGAGGCCCUGAAGGAGAACGUGGGACCUGGCAAGGCGGUGUCUCGGGAGGAGCUGUUUGUGACUUCCAAGCUAUGGAACACUAAGCACCACCCUGAGGAUGUGGAACCUGCCCUCCGGAAGACACUGGCUGACCUCCAGCUGGAGUAUUUGGACCUGUACCUGAUACACUGGCCUUAUGCCUUUGAGCGGGGAGAUGACCCUUUCCCUAAGAACGCUGAUGGGACUAUGCGCUAUGACUUCAUUGACUAUAAGGAGACCUGGAAGGCACUGGAAGCACUGGUGGCUAAGGGGUUGGUGCGGGCACUGGGCCUGUCCAACUUCAGCAGUCGGCAGAUUGAUGAUGUGCUCAGUGUGGCCUCUGUGCGCCCAGCUGUCCUGCAGGUGGAAUGCCACCCAUAUCUGGCUCAGAACAAGCUGAUUGCUCACUGCCAAGCCCGUGACCUGAAGGUGACAGCUUACAGCCCUCUGGGCUCCCCUGAUCGUACUUGGAGUAAUCCUGAUGAGCCUGUCGUGCUUGAGGAACCUGUGGUCCUGGCACUGGCUAAAAAGUAUGGCCGGUCUCCAGCCCAGAUCUUGCUCAGGUGGCAGGUCCAGCGGGGAGUGAUCUCCAUCCCCAAGAGUAUCACACCUUCUCGUAUCCUUCAGAACAUCCAGGUUUUUGACUUCACUUUUACCCCACAAGAGAUGAAGCAGCUAGAUUCCCUGAACAAAAAUUUGCGAUACAUUGUGCCCCUGCUUACGGUGGAUGGGAAGAGGGUCCCAAGAGACGCAGGGCACCCUUUGUACCCCUUUAAUGACCCAUACUGAAACCAUAGCUUCCUUUCCAGUUCUCCACCUACCAGGUUCUGCCAUCACCAGAAAGAGCGAGUUAAUAAAGUCAUUGGAAUAUCUAUA